UGACACACACAAUCAUGAUCAUGUGACUUCAACAUUUGUACUCACUGAAAUACCCAAAAGUUUCCCAACAAGAAACAAUAUCAAGAUGUUGCUGUUAUGGGUAACACUGCUUUUUCUUCAUCAAGGAUAUACGCUGGUUCCAGUGACUACAGUUCCUCUUGGUGAAUCUGUGACCUUCACGUGUGCUCUGCCUACUAUUGAAAUUGGCAGUAAAGAGCUCUACUGGUUCAAGCAAAAUGCUGGAGAGACUCUGACAUUAAUUGUGAAACUGCUCCAAUCUACAAAACCUGAGUCUGCAACACAUUUUUCUCACUCAAGAUUGGAGCUAAAACGCGAUAACAAUUUAAUCACCCUGACGAUUCGGAGUACAAUCCCAGAAGAUGAAGGAAUGUAUCACUGCUCAAUCACAGAGCGUUAUGGACAUCCUGAAUGGAGUGGGACAUAUUUGUUACUGAAAGGAAACACUCGGAGGACUUCAAACUAUUCUGUUCAGUGGCCGACAUUAUCUGAUCCAGCUCCUCCAGGAAACUCGAUGACCCUUCAGUGUUCGGUCCUCUCUAAAUCUGAGAAUAAAACAUGUCCAAGAGACCUCAAUGUGUUCUGGUUCAGAGCCGGUUCAGAUAAAUCUCGUCCUAGCAUCAUCUACACUGAUGGAAGAAGACAAGAUGAAUGUGAGAAGUUACCGGACACUCAGAAGAGUUGCUUCUCAAAGAACUUCAGCUCCUCUGAUGCCGGGACUUACUACUGUGCUGUGGCCUCAUGUGGAGAGAUAUUAUUUGGAGAUGUAACAAAACUGAAAAUUGAGGGGCGAAAUGCAAGCUCUGAAGUUAUAGCGCUGGCGAUAGCAAUACUCUGCUUGGUCGUUUCUAUCAUUGGAAACAUUACUUUAUUCUGCCGCCGGAUUUCAAGAGCAGGUUGUUCACGAUGUAAAGGAAAUGAAAACGUUGCUUUGCAUUCGAGACAUGACAACUCAAGCCAACCUGUGCAUGAUAUUACUGAAGGUGGACAUAAUCUGAACUAUGCUGCGGUGCAUUUCUCUGGAAGGAAGGCUACAAGAGGAGGAAAGAAGAGAGAGAUGGAGACUGAAGAAAGUGUGUACUCUCAAGUUAAAUGCUGAAUGUGAAUGUGAGUCUAUUAAAAAUGUAAAUUGGUUGAUCAUACUGACCUCUGACAAAGAUUUACACUAAAUUAGGAUUAAU